GGGCUCCGCUGUUUGUACGCGCCCACUCCGGUUCCAGGCCGCCAGACUCCAGACGAGCAGCCACUGCAGCGGUGACGGCGGCGGAGGCGGCAGCAGCUCGAGGCGAGGCCCCGCGCUCCUCGCAGCCCCUGCUUAGCGGUGUGCAUGGAGACACCGUCCACCACCCGCCGUUGAGCCGUCGUUUGGCCCUGUACCCGCGGGGGCUGGGGUGGCCUCGGGCUCCGGCCGGCACUGCCGAAGCCGGACUCGGGCUUGGCCGGCUUUGGCUGCGCGGGGUCCGCGGGCCUCCUCGCCCGCGUGAAUCGCCGCGGCCCGGUUGUCCCGUCCCAGGAAGUGGCCGUCCUGACCGCCAUGGCUCACUCUCCAGUGCAGCCGGGCCUGCCCGGCAUGCAGAACCUAAAAGCAGAUCCAGAAGAGCUUUUUACAAAACUGGAGAAAAUUGGAAAGGGCUCUUUUGGUGAGGUGUUCAAAGGCAUUGACAAUCGGACUCAGAAAGUGGUUGCCAUAAAAAUCAUUGAUCUGGAAGAAGCUGAAGAUGAGAUAGAGGACAUUCAACAAGAAAUCACAGUGCUGAGUCAGUGUGACAGUCCAUAUGUAACCAAAUAUUAUGGAUCUUAUCUGAAGGAUACUAAGUUGUGGAUAAUAAUGGAAUAUCUUGGUGGAGGCUCUGCACUAGAUCUAUUAGAACCUGGUCCUUUAGAUGAAACUCAGAUUGCUACUAUAUUAAGAGAAAUACUAAAAGGACUUGAUUAUUUGCAUUCAGAGAAGAAAAUUCAUAGAGAUAUUAAAGCUGCCAAUGUUCUGCUGUCUGAACAUGGGGAGGUGAAGCUGGCCGAUUUUGGAGUGGCAGGCCAGCUGACAGAUACCCAGAUAAAAAGAAACACCUUCGUGGGCACCCCUUUCUGGAUGGCACCUGAAGUUAUUAAACAGUCAGCCUAUGACUCAAAGGCAGACAUCUGGUCCCUGGGCAUAACAGCUAUAGAGCUUGCAAAAGGGGAACCACCUCAUUCUGAGCUGCACCCCAUGAAGGUUUUAUUCCUCAUUCCAAAGAACAAUCCCCCGACUCUGGAAGGAAACUAUAGCAAACCCCUCAAGGAGUUUGUUGAGGCCUGUUUGAACAAGGAGCCGAGCUUUAGACCUACUGCUAAGGAGUUACUGAAACACAAGUUUAUAAUACGCAAUGCGAAGAAAACUUCCUACUUGACAGAGCUCAUUGACAGGUACAAGAGGUGGAAGGCCGAACAGAGCCAUGAAGACUCCAGCUCUGAAGAUUCUGACACGGAAACGGAUGCAGACGGCCAAGCAGCUGGAGGCAGCGACUCGGGGGACUGGAUCUUCACGAUCCGAGAGAAAGAUCCAAAGAGUCUUGAGAAUGGAGCUCUUCAGCCAUCAGAUUUAGAAAGAAAUAAGAUGAAAGACAUCCCAAAGAGGCCUUUCUCUCAGUGUUUAUCUACAAUUAUUUCUCCUUUGUUUGCAGAGUUGAAGGAGAAGAGCCAGGCAUGUGGAGGGAACAUGGGGUCCAUAGAAGAACUGCGAGGGGCCAUCUACUUGGCAGAAGAGGCAUGCCCCGGGAUCUCGGACACCAUGGUGGCCCAGCUCGUACAGCGGCUCCAGAGAUAUUCUCUAAGUGGUGGAGGAACUUCAUCCCAUUGAAAUUCCUUUGGCGUUUGGGGUUUUGUUUUUUCCUUUCUUCUUCAUCCCUUCUUUAAAAAAGUCAAUGAGAGCCUUUGCUGACUCCGCUGAAGAUACGCACCAUUGAGGGGCUGUCCCCCAGCCGAGGCUGCCUGUCCGCAGCCAUGGGUCCUUCUUCACUGGCCUUGGCCAGAUAAGUCUCUAGGUGGGGUGGGGAGGGUCAGCUCCUUCAAGUGAUCGUUUUAUUAUUCUUGUUUUUAAUUUUAACCAUAGCACACAUAUCAAGGAAAGUGUCUUUUAAAAAACAAAAAUCAAACCCUAAAAUGUAUAUUUGGGAUUAAGAUAAGGCAACUGAAGAAAUGAAACCUCAGGUAUCCGGCUUUAAGUUGUUACUCCCCUCCCUGGGAGAUGGAGAAUUGCUCUAGUGGAUCAGUGUACAGAUUUGUAUAUAGUGUCAUUUUUACAGGAACCUUUUUGGCGUGCAUAAGAAAUCACUGUGUACAAAUUGGCCAAGUGCUUCUGUAGAUAAUGUCAGUGGAGUAAAUAUUUGACAGGCCAUAACUUGAGUCUAUUGCCUUGCCUUUAUUACAUGUAAAUUUUGGAUCAUGUGACCAGUGAUUUGGGUUUUAUUUUGUAUUUGCAGGGUUUGCCAUUAAUAAUAAUUAAUGCCCCUCUUAAGGAACACUCCUAUUUGUACCUCAGCAAAUGAAAAUUUUCCUCAUUUGCCCUAUAGCCCUUUUGGUACACUUAGAAGUUGAUUUCCUUUUUCAUUGAUGGUACUAUUUCUUAGUGUUUUAAAUUGGAACAUAUCUUGUCUCAUGAAGCUUUAAAUUAUUAUUUUAAGUUUUUCCCCAAUGAAGUGCUCUCAUCUAACAUUUAUUUAGAAUCGUUCCACUGCCAGUCCUGCGCCAGCUGUACCAUUCUUCCCAGUAUGAUUUUGUUGCACCUUGUAGUGAAAUCUGCAUAUUACCUUUCCCACCUAAAAAUGUCUGAAUGCUUACAUGAAUAAAUUUUAUAAUACUUACCUUGCAUACUCUCCUUAAAAUGUGACUCUUGAGAGGGCAGUGCACCUGCUGCAUUUGUCUGUGUGAAUGUGUGACUUUGUGUGUGAUGAAACAUUUUAGAAUGCUCUGGGAAGAGGUGUCCACAUUCAAAAUGCUGAAUGUUCAGGUCAGUUCUCUAUGCAACUUUUAAAAAUUGGUCAUUGAGAAGAUACAGUUGAACACUGCUGAUUUGUAAAAUUAUUUUUUCUGUUCCUGGGGACCUCAGUUAAGGGUUAUUUUGUUCUCUUAUAGGGGCCUGUGUCUACUAGAUUGUCAGUCAGGCAUACAUGUUUCUUGGUUUUGUGUCAGGGUUUUGCUUGCCAAGGGGGGAAAUAAAUGUCUGGGUCUCUGAUAUGGGAAAUAGAGUUCUUACAGCAAUUUUUGACUGUCUGAUUUAAGUAUGUGUGGCACUUUUAUAAUGUCUGUUGAUAAUGAAUCAUUGUUGUCUCUUUUUGGAGGAGCAGCUCUUGAGGGGACAGACAAAGGAUUUUUGGAGGCAAGGAAGUUACUGGGUAAACUUCGGGAUGUAAGGUCAGAUUCCUACUGGCCUUGUGGCUUGGGAGCUACGGGGAGGGGGCAGAGGCCUGAGUCAGAGAUGUUAGAAUGGGUGGUUUUUGUUUAGGUUUGUUAGUGGAGUCUAAUUUUUAAAUUCUAAAAUUAAUUUUUUUUUUAUUAGAAGUACAUUUGGGUUGAAUUUCUAUAAAGGAUGCAUUUUGGUUAGGGGAAAUAGAACUGACUUGCUAAUUCUUACUGUGCAUGUUAUUUCUGCAGCAAGACUGUUAACUUGAAUAAUAUAUUUUAGAAUACUUUAUUUUGUGUUCCUGAGAGUAUAAGGGAACUUUGAUUUCCCUAUGAGGCAUAUACCAAAGAUCAGUUUUUCACAGUGCUUGUGUAAUUUUAAAAGAGGCAACUUAGCAGCUUUCUGAUUCAAAGUUCCUAUAAUUGGACAAUGGCAUACAAGGUCUGUACAGAAAAACUCAAGCCAUUGUUAAUAAUAACCAGAACCGUUUGAGCGACAUCAGUUUAUCCUGGCAG